CUACUCCAUUUUCAGAGUUUUGAUUUUGUUGAAUUGGGUAUCAAAUGGGGCGUUCAACUUGGAAGUAUCAAGUCUUCUUUUUGUUCUCUUUGAUCUUGCACUCUCAACUUCCCUUUCCAUCAUCUCUCUCUUCUUCCCUGUCUUCAAUGCAACCAUGCUCUGCUCUACUCCUUUUUAGUCUGUUGCCAUCAUCACUAUUUAACUUGCCGAAUCUCUCAACUUUAGGCCUUGGGAACAAUCAACUUGUUGGUCCCCUUCCUAGUCACGUAAGUAGUUUGAAUCUAAGAGUUCUCUUUUUAAGUUCAAAUUUCCUAAAUGGAACAUUGCCAACUUGGUUAUUCAGUUUGCCAUCUUUGGAGGUUUUAUAUCUUGGUGAUAAUCAAUUCGUUGGUGAGAUUGGUGAAUUCAAGUACAAUUCAUUGAUGUAUCUUAAUUUGGGUUAUAAUAAGCUACAUGGCUCUAUACUUAGGUCAGUAUCUAGACUUGUGAAUCUUACUGAGCUAUAUCUCUCAUCAAAUAACUUGAGUAUUAUGUUGGGGUCUGAAAUGUUUUCAAAGCUCAAAAAUCUCGAGACUCUUGAUUUGUCAAAUAACUCAGUUAGCAUCAAUAAUAAUGCUGCCCAUGCCCUGCCCAAUCUUCAAUAUUUGUACUUGGCUUACUCCAAUAUUAGUGAAUUCCCAAUUUUCUUAAGACUGACAACAAAUUUACAAUACUUAGACCUUUCCAAUAACCAAAUUUAUGGUCGAGUUCCAAGAUGGUUGGGGGAUGUGGGGAAUAAUUCAUUAUUUUAUGUUGAUCUUCGUAACAACUUGCUACAAGGACCAUUUCCCAUUCUAAAUUCUUCCAAUCUGCAACUUAUCUUUUUCUCCAAUAACAAUUUAACGGGAGAAAUCCCUUCUUUAAUUUGCGAUGCAAUUUACCUUCAAGUUUUAGACUUGUCUCAUAACAACUUAAGUGGCAUGAUUCCUAAAUGUUUGGUAAACUCUACUACCCUCUCAGUGUUGGAUUUGCGAAUGAAUAGCAUUCAUGGUAACAUCCCUGCAAUAUUUGCCAAAGGAAAUAAUUUUAGGCAUAUUAACCUUAAUGGCAAUCAACUGGAAGGGCCAUUGCCUCAAUCUUUGGUCAAUUGUAUAGACUUGGAAGUUCUAGAUCUUGGAAACAAUAAAAUAAAUGGAGCCUUCCCUUAUUGGUUGGGAGGUCUUCAGAAAUUGCAAGUUCUUGUCAUAAGAUCAAACAGAUUUCAAGGUCGUAUAGGCAAUCCUAAAACCAAAUUUCUUUUCCCAAAUUUGCAAAUCAUAGAUAUCUCUAACAAUCAGUUUAAUGGUCCUUUGCCAGUAACAUAUUUUGAAUAUUUGAAAGCCAUGAUGAAUGUGGAUGAAAGUGGAGUUGCAUCGAAAUAUAUGGGAGAAAAUUAUUAUCAAGAUUCAUUGAAUAUCAUAGUGAAAGGGCAGUAUAUUGCGAUGGAGAGAGUCCUAACCAUCUUAACAAGCAUUGAUUUUUCAAACAAUAGUUUCAGAGGAGAGAUGUCAAAGAUAAUUGGAAGGCUUAAAUCACUCAAGGGGCUUAACUUUUCUCACAAUAACCUUAUAGGUCAUAUUCCACCAUCAAUUGGAAAUUUGACCAAUCUUGAAUGGUUAGAUCUCUCUUUCAACAAGCUCAGUGGGGAGAUUCCUAGUCAAUUGGCAAAUCUAACGUCACUUGAAGUCUUAAAGCUAUCACAUAACCAACUCACAGGACACAUACCUUUAGGAAAUCAAUUCAAUACAUUCAACAAUGAUUCGUACACCGAAAACUUGGGAUUGUGUGGAUUUCCAUUGUCAAGAACAUGCGACAACCACGAGGCAAAGCAACCACCACCACCUACCUUGCAACAAGAUGAAAAUUUAGGGCAUGAAAAUGGGUUUUGUUGGCAAGCUAUAUCCAUAGGAUACGCAUGUGGAGCAAUAUUCGGAAUGUUUAUGGGAUAUCUUAUGUUCAAAAUUGGAAAACCAAAGUGCCUUGUGAGGAUGGUCAAAUUAGAGAAACAUAUCAUGCCCAGAAGAUUGAAGAAGAAUGCCCACAAGCGUGGUGGAAGAAGAUAACUGCUUCUAUGGUUAUGGUGGAAUACCUUUAGCACUGGUAAUUAUAGACUGAGGCCCUUAGACCUUAGUGCUCGCCUGCCUAGAGAUUUCUAUCUGCUUUCUUGGGGAGAAAACAAGUGAGGAUUCCAAUGGAUCUGACUUAGCCUCGGGCAGGCCAAAUAUGCGUUUUGUCUUAACCUUUGUAAAUGAUGGGUUUCAUUUGGGUUCAACUUCAAUGGAACAUGACUUUGUAAAUUAUAACUCCAAAUUUAAUUUCUUUCCACUAUCAAAGAAAAAAAAGGAUAAUUUGAUUGAACUUUGAAGAAAUAGGCCUCAAUCAAAAAAUUACAUUGAGAUUGUUUACUCCUUUAUUGUUUCCAUCCAGUUUCUUUAUCAUUUGAUGCCUUUUGUCACUCUCUUCUCCCUCUCUCUCUCUCUCUCUCAAAAUUAAGAGGCUCAUUCAUAGUUGGAUUAUUAACAUAGACUUUUCAAUUACUCAAGUAUUUAUUUUGUGUUAAUUGAUUUUUAUUUUUCUA